AUGCAACAACAGCCUGAAUAUUACAGUUACUUGCUAGAUGUAAACGCCAGUUCCCUAUCAGCGCAGCAGCAGCAACAACAACAGCCUCGAGACGCCUACUUUAGUAACAGCAAUACCAACAGCAACACGGCUUUUCCAGGGCCAACGUCUUCCGCAUCCACAGCAGCAGCAGCAGCACCAGCAAUAUUUGAUAAUGGCACUAUUGAGAGAGGCGAAGCGAGCUCAUCAAAUCCUACACAAUCAUCUCCAGCCACUGACAAUGCUAGCAAUGCACUUGCCGUCAAAGGCGGUACUGAUUUCAGAAGACGAAAGAACUGGUCAGAGCGCAUUCUCGUUGAAAUCACAGGUUUGUUGCAUGUACUGUCGCCUACAGGAAAGAUACUGUACUGCUCUGAAUCAACGCACGAACUCACAGGCUACCGUCCGCAUGAGCUUGUGGGACAAGCGCUGAUGGAUUUCUUGCACAUUGACGACAUGGAUGUGUUUAUUCGAGACUUUCAAACGUCAUUUCACACUCGAUCUCAAAUCAAGACACAUUAUCGAUUUCGCAAGAAGGACGAAAGCUACAUUAUAUUCGAAGUGGUGGGCCAGCCAAAAGCUGAUGUACCUGGACAGCCACCUCGGUCGUUUUUUGGCAUUGCUCAGCCUAUACCCACCAAAAGCGGUGCCUUGAUUGAUACAUUUUUAGAGCUGAAAGCAGAGAACAACUGGCUGAAGAAGAGAAUUGAUGAACUGUCUGCGAAAUACGGUAGAGUGGACAACAAUAGCACAGUGUCUCCAUCCUCUUUUUCCUCCAAUUUACAGCAGCUACCGCCACCAUCUACAACGCAACAGCAGGACGAAGCAAUGGAUACUAACGAUGAUUGGAUGGACGGGCACAAUUCUGAUAUAGAUGAAUUCAUGGGUUAUAAGGAUGGUCAGCAACAAACACAGAACAAUGCCAACAAGGGCGGCAUGUCAUUGCCACAUCAAGAUUCUGCUGAACGAAAAGAUAAAUGGAAGCGUCGCAAGAAGCACAAAGGAACCGAUGAAUAUGUCUGCUCUGACUGUGGUACAACUUCAUCUCCAGAAUGGCGUAAAGGGCCACAUGGACCGAAAACGUUAUGUAACGCAUGUGGUCUUCGAUGGGCGAAAAAGAAUAAAAAAAGAGAUUUGAAUGACGACUGA